CGAAGAGCAAAUGGAAGAUCACACGGUGCUUUUGGUGGUCGGUCUCAAAUGAACUCUUCGACUCGACAGACACAUGUAAUCCCAACUGACACUUCAAGUAGAAGUACCAACAUCGACAGGGGUGCAAGUGUUAGUCACCCUGGAGGUGCUCGACCCAAAGAGGGUAGACAUACUUGGAGGAGGGGAGAAAACCUGAAAAGUGGUUUUAAAAGCCACGAAAGAUCCUCGAAUCCGACAGGAUGUACGGCUGAUAGUGCGUGGCCGGAAAGUGAAAAAUCGCAGCAAGGCAGAUCUAAGGGGUCGCGGGACGGCGGCUUUAGGCGGACAGAUAGAGCGAGCUACCAGGGAAUAAUGGAGGUUGAUGCGGAUGAUCGAAGUGGUCACGAGAAACAGGCUGGUUCCAAUAACCUCCAUCGAGCUUCGCAAAGCCACGAAGUCAGACAGACGUCUUCCAGGGGGCGAGGGGCCGCACGAACGUCUGCCAGUGGGCGAGGGACUGCACGAACGUCUUCCAGGGGGGAGGGACUGCACGAAGAGCAAAAUGGAAGAUCACACGGUGCUUUUGGUGGUCGGUCUCAAAUGAACUCUUCGACUCGACAGACACAUGUAACCCCAACUGACACCUCAAGUAGAAGUACCAACAUCGACAGGGGUGCAAGUGUUAGUCACCCUGGAGGUGCUCGACCCAAAGAGGGUAGACAUUCUUGGAGGAGGGGAGAAAACCUGAAAAGUGGUUUUAAAAGCCACGAAAGAUCCUCGAAUCCGACAGGAUGUACGGCUGAUAGUGCAGGGCCGGAAAGUGAAAAAUCGCAGCGAGGCAGAUCUAAGGGGUCGCGGGACGGCGGCUUUAGGCGGACAGAUAGAGCGAGCUACCAGGGUGAUCCAAGCGGGGGUUAUCAAAGAUGGCGGAGAAAUCAAAGUGACGCUCCUCAAACCUCAGGGCGGUACCAAGGUCAAGUUCAAGUUCAGCGCAGGUCGACUGUGCGUCCGAUCCCAGAGGCAGAAUUGCAGAAACUAUUAAGAGAACAACCAAUAAACAUACUGUCUUGUCUAGUGAGUAAGAAGGGUGAAUGGUCAUCUUUAUUAAACCAAAACAUUUUCAGUGAUGAUCUAGUUAUCCUUACACUGCGUGUGUUAUACUGCAUUUGUGAUAUAGACUCUGUUCAGGAUGCCAGAUUAAACUUAAAUAUAAUAUUUGAUCUGCUAGCAUCCUCUUGCUUUCUCAGCAAACAUUUGUCGAGGUAUUUAGUUUCUGUAACCGAGAAGAUGCAACUGGGUGAAGAUGGUAAUGAAAGCAUAGGUCUUAAUGUUAACAUGAUGUUGAAAGUACUGAGUGUAUACUUGCAGCAUAAACCAAAUGGUUAUGGAGAGAUGGCAGUAGUAUUGAUUCUUCUUGAUAAGUUGACGUCGUCACCAGCAUUUGUUAGUCAGGCUUAUUUGAUGAUUGAGGUGCAGAAACUAAAAGAAAGUUUUCAUAUCCUGGAAGAGUCUCAGCAAACCAAGCAAACAGUGAAGGUUAAACCACCACCAAACAACUUCAGAGAUAUUCCAAUCUUCCCCGACAGCUCAGAAAUUAGGACACCGACGCAGCCAUUCCUACGAAAGAACAUCAUUCAUGGAAGAUAUCAAGACGUGGAGCAUUAUCUUGAUGUGCAGUUCAGGUUGCUGAGAGAGGACUUUGUGGCACCGCUACGGGAAGGUAUCAUAGAGUUUCUCUCUGUGACAAACAGUCGCCAUCAAGAUAUUCGGGUGUACCGCAAUGUCACUAUUCAAAGUAAGAAGAUGGGGAGACGUAGUCUUCAGUACACCGUGAAGUUGGACGUCAACGGUCUCAAACAGAUUAACUGGGGAAAGCGUUUCCUAUAUGGUUCAUUUGUCUGCCUUACACAAGACAAGUUCCAGCACAUCAUCUGUGCGUCUGUGGCAGAUAGGAACGAAAAGGACUUGAAAAAAGGUCUUGUUGAUGUUUGUUUUCUUACCGAGUGUAGUAGCACGCCUACAGGUACCUUUGUCAUGGUUGAAUCAGUUGCUUUCUUUGAACCCUAUCGACACGUCUUACUAGGGCUACAACGAAUGAUCAGCGACGAUUUCCCCUUUGAAAGGUACAUCGUGAAUGUUUUCUCUUUUGUUAGAACACCCAAGUAUCUGAGUGGAGAGUGCUCUGAUGUGUAUGACCUACGAUCAUUGGUUGUUGAAACUGAUCAGGUCUUUGAAGAUGAGGGUCUGACUGAAACCUUCGUAAAUGCAACCUGUGUUUCGAUUUUAGAUCCACAAAGUUGGCCGACUGCAGAGGCCUUACAUCUUGAUGAGUCACAGAAGGCAGCUGUGCAGGCAGCAUUGACGAAGGAGUUUGCCAUCAUCCAAGGUCCACCAGGAACGGGGAAGACUUACAUUGGUCUCAAAAUCAUCGAAUUACUUCUGUACAAUUUACUUACGACAACAGAUGCAUCUCCGAUUCUUGUGGUGUGCUACACGAACCAUGCUCUCGACCAGUUUUUGGAGGGAGUUCUACGUUUUGGUGAGAGGAAUCUGGUUCGUGUUGGACGCCAAAGCAAAAGUGAAGUGCUUAAAUCUUUUAAGUUUUCGUCUCUCAAAAAACAGCUUGGAAGACAUCACCCUAUGAAGGACAUACAGAAAGAAAAAGAACUCAGGGCAAUCACAUCGAGGCUACAAUAUACACUUUUAAGUGUAGCUUUUGCUAAAACUGUCGUAUAUAAAGCAGAGACACUACAACCAUUCAUGACUGAUGACACACAAAGAACACUUUUUGAAAAAUUCAAGACUGAGAAGGAUCCAACAGCAAACCUUCUGAACUGGCUGUUUGUAGUUGAUAUCGAAGGUGAAACAGAUCGACCAGAUUGUUUAGAUUCAAAUCAAGACCAGGAUAAGUUUAUAGACGUAGAAGAUGAAAGCAAUCGGAUACAGCAAGAACGCCAAGCCGAGGACGAAGCCGGCUUCAGUUUUUUUGACGCGCAACGUAAGCAACAGGAACAUUCCGUUUUAAGACGAAAUGCAGCAUACAGCAGUGAAUGCGAAAAGCGAUGUGGUAAUUCAGGAUAUAAUCUUCAGGAAGAACUUCAGAAGGAUGACAUGAUGUCUGAAACAGAAGUUUCUAGAGUCACAAAUGUGUGGAGUCUGACGUUAAGCGACCGUUGGCGGCUUUACCGACUCUGGGUGAACAGGUACAUUGAGGAGCAGGAGGAGUUGCUCUCGAAAUAUCGCAGGAGUUAUGACAGCCUUUCAAAGGAAGUUGAAACUAUAAAUGCAAGCGUCGAUUUAGAAGUUCUCUCAAAAGCAAGGGUAAUUGGAAUGACGACAACAGGUGCGGCCAGAUGUCAGUCGAUGUUGCAGCUUCUUGGUCCCCGUAUCGUGAUAGUGGAAGAGGCUGCUGAAGUUCUUGAAGCUCAUAUCAUCACCACCCUGACUGCAAAGUGUCAGCAUCUCAUUAUGAUUGGAGAUCAUCAGCAGUUGAAGCCAAACCCAACAGUCUAUCGCCUGGCUAAGGUCUUCAAAAUGGAUACCUCUUUGUUUGAACGGAUGAUCAACAAUGGCGUACCUUGUCAAACACUAACCCAUCAGCAUCGUAUGCGUCCUGAAAUCUCAAAACUCAUGAAGAAACAUUUUUAUAAGAAUCUUCAUGACGAUGAGUCAGUGAAGGGUUUCGAUGACAUCAAAGGAGUGGCACAUAACAUGUUUUUCAUUGAUCAUACUAAGCUUGAAGAUGGAUCAGGCGAUGACAACAAAACCAAAUCCAACCAUCAUGAGGCUGAGGUCCUUGUCGAGUUGUGUAGGUACUUGUUGCAUCAAGGAUACCGGCCCAAACAGAUUACCAUUCUAACCACGUACUUGGGUCAACUCUCCACCUUCAAGAAACUUAUGGAUAAAGAGACCUUUGAGGGAGUUCGGGUGUCUGUGGUUGACAAUUUCCAGGGAGAAGAAAAUGACAUCAUACUUUUGUCUUUGGUUCGAAGCAACAAAGAGGGCUCCAUUGGGUUCCUGAAGACUUCGAACCGUGUAUGUGUGGCCUUGUCUAGAGCUCGCAUGGGUUUCUAUUGCAUAGGUAACGGCACCAUCUUGAAGAAAACACAGAUCUGGCAGGAUAUCAUUGGCACUCUUGAAGCUGAGAAUCAAGUUGGUUCGACACUGCAGCUUGUCUGUCAAAAUCACCCUGGCACAGUGGCUGAAGUUGCCUCAGCGGAAGACUUCAGAUUCAAGGUUCCGCUGGGAGGUUGCGGGAGGCCGUGUGAGUUCACGCUUGCGUGUGGCCACCGUUGUGAAUCAUCCUGCCACCCGUACGACUGUGAUCAUACCACGUACAAGUGCAGAGUUCGAUGCACACAGUUAUGCAAAAGGGGCGAACAUUCUCGUAACAUUGAAUGCUUUGAAUCUGACAACCCCUGUAAAGAGAUGGUGUUGAAGUUAACACCCAAGUGCGGUCAUGAAUCACAAGUAAUGUGUGACGAUUUUGAGUCGGCCGAUUGCACCGUUCCAUGUACUAAGAAAAUCACAUGUGGACAUUCAUGUACAAACCUAUGUUGGCAAGAGUGCACAUUAGCAUCAUCAUGUACAGUAAAGGUUACGAGAACCUUAAGACAAUGUCGUCAUAAAUUUGUCACGGAAUGCUCCGGAAAAAAAUAUUUGGCAGAAUGUCCUCAUGAAUGUGACAAAAUAUUGAGCUGUGGACACAAAUGUCCAAACAAAUGCGGCAAGUCGUGUCCAAAAACAAAGCGGGAUAUAGUAGGCUGGCGUGUAUCUGAGUACAAGAAUUGCAAUGAUUUCUGCACAGAAAGGUGUGGAGAUCAAUUAUCUUGUGGACAUACAUGUCCUAAUAAAUGUGGCGAACCAUGUCCAAAAGCAGAAGUUGAUCCAAACUUUGGGGAAUAUCUUGAGCUUGAAGAUUACCAGAUUCCACUUAUAUGUACAGUCAUGGUGAGCAAGAGGCUUCCUAGGUGUGGUCACACUGUUAUUGAGGAGUGUUACCGGGAUGUGAAUUUGAGAUCUUGCACAGUGAUUUGUAACAAGGAGUUGCCGUGUGGUCAUCGAUGUAGUCUGACAUGCAGCGAACCAUGUACAUGCUUACUAAGUGUCAAGAAGACGCUACAACCUUGUGGCCAUUCUUUCCAGAUUCCCUGCAACAAGACGGACGAUCUUAACAAAUGUACCAAGAAAUGUCCGAAGUUAUUAACAUGUGGGCAUCGGUGUCCUAAUAACUGUGGAGAUCCAUGCCCAGGAGGAGCUGACCAUAACCCAAGCUCAGCUCAAAUUAACAAUGUAGUAGCAAUUGUUUGUCAGCGUUCGGUAAUGAAGAAACUACCUGGAUGUGGCCACAGUUUGGCCUUGCCUUGUUUCAAAGACGUCGAGUCAGUUGCAUGCUUAGAAAAGUGCACUGAAAUUCUACCAUGUAAACACAAUUGCCCCAACAGGUGCGGCGAGCCAUGCCCAACAACUACCGAUGAGGGUGACGAUUACAGUUUGUCUGACAACAGACAACCCUUUGCAAUGAAAUGCCAAGAAGGUGUCACCAAAAAGCUAGUUUGUGGCCACAUCGUAAGAAUGCCAUGCUUUCAGAACAACAAAUUGCUGUUAUGCCCCAAACCCUGUGAGAACAUUCUGUCAUGUGGUCACCGAUGCUCCAGAAAAUGCGGCGAGGCGUGUCUUAGUGGAGGUCACCAUGCAGAGUCGGAGAGCGAAAACGAAGGGGAGACACUCUGUUCUGGUGCGGAUGCUGAGGUAGAACUGCCAUCGUGGAAAUGCCAAGAGUCUGUCUACAAAAUGUUACCUAAAUGUGGUCAUUUUGUAAAACUGCCAUGCUGCAAAAAAGCAACAACUGCGAUAUGUCCAGAAAGUUGCCAAAGGGUUUUUCCUUGUGGUCACAAGUGCCCCAAAUAGUGCGGAGAAGUGUGUCUGACUCCAGAAGAAUGCAAAGCAGUGGUUAAGAAGAGCCUUCCGCUUUGUGGCCACGUUGUUGAAACUUGGUGUCAA